CACCACCGUCCCACUCUAUCUUCUUCCCCAACAACUAACCAAACCCAUCGAAACAAAACAAUGAAGCAAGGGCUUCUCCUAUGGAGUCCUUGCCCUCACUCUCUCCUCUCUCCACCCUCAUUUCCCUUCCUUUCCCUCUCAAUCCCAAGAACCAAACACACCCUUUCACCAAUAGCAGCAACUCUUGAUUCCACAACCACCCGUGAAGAACAGCAACUGCUAACAGCAAGAGAGAGAAGGCAACUCAGAAAUGAGAAGAGAGAAAGUAAGGCUGGAUAUAAUUGGCGAGAAGAAGUUGAAGAGAGGUUUAUUAAGAAACCCAAGAAGAAACCUACUACUUCUAUGGCUGAAGAGCUCAAUCUUGAUAAGCUCGCUCUUUUAGGUCCUCAAUGGUGGAUUGUUCGGGUUUCUCGAAUUAGAGGAGAUGAAACUUCUGAUGUUCUUGCUCGGUUACUCGCUAGGAACUUCCCUCAAAUGGACUUUAAGGUCUAUGCUCCUUCUGUCAAGGAGAGGAGAAAAUUGAAAAAUGGUACUUACUCUGUUAAACCAAAACCCAUCUUUCCAGGUUGUGUUUUUCUAUGGUGUGUUCUAAACAAAGAGAUACAUGAUUUUGUAAGAGAGUGCGACGGAGUUGGUGGUUUUGUUGGUGCCAAGGUUGGAAAUACAAAACGACAGAUCAACAAGCCUAGACCAGUGUCUGAUGAUGACAUGGAAGCAGUCUUCCAACAGGCAAAAGAGGAACAAGAAAAAGCUGAUAUAGGUUUUGAGGAAGAGCAGCAAGCACAGGGAGCCCUUAACUCUGUGAAGUUAGGUUCCAAUAACAUUACACAAUCUUUUAUAGAUUCCAAUUCCGAAAGGGGAUUGAGAAAAAUCUCUGGCCCUCUUGUGAGUAGCUCAUCCAGAAAAAAGGGUGACCUCCCAAAAACAGGUUCAACUGUUAGGGUUGUAUCUGGAACUUUUGCAGACUUUGUUGGCAGCCUUAAGAAACUAAAUCGCAAAACUGGGAAGGCAACUGUGGUGGUUACUCUCUUCGGCAAGGAGAGCUUAGUAGAAUUAGAUCUCAGUGAAAUUGUAGCAGAGAUGAAAUGAUGUAAACAUGUGGUUUCUCCAGAUAAUCAUUGAAUGGCGAGUUUUGCUAAUUUUAUUA